CCUCCAACACACACACACACACACACACACACACACAGAGCAAUGGCGAUAGCUGCAGGUGAGGAGGAGAAGAAGGUUCACAGUGACGUAUUGCUCUUUAAUCGGUGGGCUUACGACGAUGUUCAGGUUGGUGACAUUUCUGUUGAUGAUUACAUAACUGCAACUGCGGCCAAGCAUCCUGUUUACUUGCCCCACACAGCUGGGAGGUACCAAGUAAAGAGGUUUAGGAAAGCCCAGUGCCCAAUUGUGGAGAGGUUGACCAACUCAUUGAUGAUGCACGGGCGCAACAAUGGAAAGAAGCUGAUGGCUGUUCGUAUUGUCAAGCAUGCUAUGGAAAUUAUUCAUUUGCUGACUGACCAGAAUCCCAUUCAGGUCAUUGUCGACGCUGUCAUAAACAGUGGACCAAGAGAAGAUGCAACUCGUAUUGGUUCUGCUGGUGUUGUGAGGCGUCAGGCUGUUGAUAUUUCACCAUUGAGGCGUGUAAACCAGGCAAUAUAUCUCCUCACAACUGGAGCGCGCGAGAGUGCUUUCAGGAAUAUCAAGACAAUUGCUGAAUGCCUUGCUGAUGAACUCAUUAAUGCUGCCAAGGGAUCUUCUAACAGUUAUGCAAUCAAAAAGAAGGAUGAGAUUGAAAGGGUUGCAAAAGCCAACCGUUAGGAGUUGUUCUCUGGUUGAAUGGAUUGGGAGGGACUUCACAGUUAGACGACGUUUUCGUGCUCCCGGUUUUGCUCCUCUAGUUACUAGUAAAUCGUAAAUUGAGACUGAGAGGAUUUCUAGUAAAUCAUUAGAGUUGUAUUCUGAUGGAAUGCUUUGAUUUCAUUGUUGGACAUCUUUUUUUGUUGUUGCCUUCUUACUCUAUACCUUUUUUACAAGUAAAUCAAUAGAUAGUGAUGGGUUGGAUCCAUAUUUAUGAGAUUGCAAUUUUGGUUAA